ACAGGCCACCCCUCGUCACCAUGCUAGGUCGGGCCGAGGGAUCUGGUCCCGGGAUCCCAGGCACCUACAAGCCUGCCCCGCCCGGACUCCGCUCCUGUGCGUCAGCCCCGCCCGUUGUCUUGGCAACAGGCGGUUGCCCAGCAACCAGCCUCCUGGUUCCUACCCCACCCCAAAGGAAUCUGACUGUUGUCCUGAGCGACCAGGUCCGCUUGUUCCCACGCCUAUCUUCGCCCUCUUCCGGUUCUGACCCUGGGGAAGGGUCGAGGAAGGGCUGAGAAGGAUGCCUGUGGGAGGUUAGGGCGCUUGGCUGCUUCUGCAGGAAGGACCUCAGGACCCCGACGCCAUGUUCCCGGAGCCCCCAACUCCCGGGCCUCCAGCGUCCGAGACACCUCCCGAUUCCAGUCGCAUCAGCCAAGGCGCAGUGCCCCCUUGGGCCCUGGCCACCAUCGUGCUGGGCUCAGGCCUCCUGCUCUUCAGCUGCUGUUUCUGUCUGUACCGGAAGCGCUGUCGAAGGCGGCUGGGCAAGAAGAGCCAAGCCCAAGCUCAGGUCCACCUCCAAGAAGUGAAGGAGCUGGGCAGGAGCUACAUAGACAAGGUUCAGCCAGAAGUGGAAGAGCUGGAUCCAGCACCAUCUGGGCCAGGACAGAAGGUAACAGAAAAACAUGAGCUAGGACGACUACAGUACUCACUGGAUUAUGACUUCCAGAGCGGCCAGCUCCUGGUUGGCAUCCUGCAAGCUGAGGGCCUGGCGGCUUUGGACCUGGGAGGUUCCUCGGAUCCCUACGUUAGUGUCUACCUUCUGCCCGACAAGCGGAGGCGGCAUGAAACCAAGGUGCAUCGGCAGACGCUAAACCCACACUUUGGGGAGGCCUUCGCCUUCAAGGUCCCCUACGUGGAGCUGGGAGGCAGGGUGCUGGUCAUGGCCGUGUAUGACUUUGAUCGCUUCUCCCGCAACGAUGCCAUCGGGGAGGUGAGGGUCCCCAUGAGCUCUGUGGACUUGGGGAGGCCCGUGCAGGCCUGGCAGCAGCUGCAAGCAGUGCCCAAGGAGGAGCAGGAGAAACUGGGCGACAUCUGCUUCUCUCUGCGCUAUGUCCCCACAGCCGGGAAGCUCACUGUCAUUGUCCUGGAGGCUAAAAACCUGAAGAAGAUGGAUGUAGGAGGAUUGUCAGACCCCUAUGUCAAGGUGCACCUGCUGCAGGGUGGCAAGAAGGUACGGAAGAAAAAGACGACCAUCAAGAAAAACACUCUGAACCCUUACUACAACGAGGCCUUCAGCUUUGAGGUGCCCUGUGACCAAGUUCAGAAGGUCCAAGUGGAGCUGACAGUGCUGGACUACGACAAGCUGGGCAAGAACGAGGCCAUCGGAAGGGUGGCAGUGGGCACGGCAGUGGGUGGAGCUGGCCUGCGGCACUGGGCUGACAUGCUGGCCAACCCCCGGCGACCCAUUGCUCAGUGGCACUCGCUGAGGCCUCCUGACCGAGCCAGGCCAAUGCCUGCACCCUGAUUUCUCACCCACAAGCACAAGACCCAAGAUCCCUGAGCACAGCCCAGUCCCAUUUUGGGGAUCGUUUUCCUAACAAGCCUCCCCUACUCCUCAAUCGCAUCCAUUCUCAUGCCACAUGGGACCAGUUUCCAACUGCCAACCCUCCUCCACAUACCCAGAAACCCUAGGGACCCCUGAGAGGGAAAGCAGUCUGGUCCCCCCCACGCCCCCACCCCGUGCCCACAGGGUCCCACCCACUGCUUUGAUGCUUUGACAAUCAACACUAGAAUCUUCUAUCCCCUUUCUCCCAAUGCAUUAGUUCCUCCUCCCACACAGCUCUGCACUGCUACUGGGGCCAAAUAAAUACUCAGUGUCUUCGUG